UUUAUCUUGUUUCAUCUCCAUCGCCUGCAUUCUGCUAUUUACAUCCUCCUCUCUUUGUUUCUUUCCAUUUUCCCUCUAGCUCCUAUACUUGACAUACAUCCAAUAUGCUCUCCUCGCGGGGAACCAAGAAGGCCGAGUCCCUUCACCGUCCCUGGCGAUAUGCCGCUGCGCAUACCUACGACGCAAAAACCAACACCUCGGGGGUAAUCUCCUUGGGAAUGGCAGAACAUGCCCCAAUGCGCUCGGAUGUCGCGAACUACAUCAACGACAAGGUGAUCUUCACAGAAAACGAGAUCGGCUACCGUCCUCGCCCGGACUCGCCCGCCCGUCUUCCCCAGGCCGUGGCGUCACAUCUCAACUCCCUUCUGAAGCCUAUGCUCCCCAUCGACCCCGAGCACGUCGUCACUGCCAGCGGUCUGACGGCCAUCGGAAGCAUGUUGGCUUUCACCUUGGCCGAGGAGUCUGACGGGAUUCUCGUCGCUCGGCCUGUGUAUGGUCGAUUCGAACUGGACUACGGCGUCGAAGCCGGCGUCCAGAUCGUGUAUGCGGACACCGAGGCCGAGGAGUCAUUCACGCCGGGAGUCGUCGAGAAGUAUGAGGCGGCGCUUCAGGAUGCUGCGAGGAAGGGCAUCACAGUUCGUGCGGUUCUGCUGGUGAACCCGCAUAAUCCUGUCGGUCGCUGCUAUCCCGAAGACACUCUUAGAGAGAUCCUUCGCUUCUGUAGCAAACAUCGCCUGCACGUCAUCAGUGACGAGGUCUACGCCUCGUGUGUUUUCGAUUCCGGAGAUCCCUCCGCGGUCCCGUUUACUUCGAUUUUGUCCCUCGAUUUGAAAGGACUAAUCGAUCCCAAUCUGGUACAUGUGCUAUGGGGCUUCAGCAAGGACUUCGCAGCAGGAGGCCUCCACCUUGGUUUCUUAAUCACCCGAAACGAGCAACUUCGCGAGGCAUGCAAGGUCAUCGUAAGACUCCACCACCCUUCAACAACCACCAAAGCCAUCGGCGCCACCAUCCUCGAAGACCAGUCCUUCGUAGCCAAAUUCACAGAAAAGUCUACGCGAGACCUCGCGAACACAUACCGCAUCGUAACCUCCGUUCUGGAUCGCGAGGGAAUCAACUACGUGAAGGGAGGGAACGCCGGUUUCUUUAUCUUCGUGGACCUCUCGCCCUAUUUAUCCGAUGGGCCUGCUUCAUCGCAGGGACGGGAGUUCGCGCUGGCUCAGAAGUUCCUCGAUGCGGGUGUUUUCUUGCAUCCCGGGGAAGAGCAUGCGAAGACACCGGGAUGGUUUCGGCUUGUGUUCUCACAGGAGGGGGAUGUGUUGAGAGAAGGAUUGCGGAGAAUGAUUGGGGUUCUGAAAGCUUGAUGCUAGUAUUGUUUGUUUGCAUUCGGGUUUAGGCAUGGAUUUAUAUACUAGUAAAUGUUGUGAUUUUAUCCCGUC